AUGCUGCGACGACGACGUUCCGGGGGCGUGACAUCAACGCAGACGAGCCCUGUCGUGCCAGCACUGCCGUCGCCAGCAGCACUCGUACAGGCGACUACACUUUCGACGGCACCAGCAUCGCGGCCAAGUACUGGCCCUAGCCACCGCCUACGUCUCGUUCCCCAUCUAGACUCUCGCCGCUCGCUUAGGUUCGAUGCCAUAUCGCGCGAUGUCAAGGAGGGAGAUACCCCGUUGCGCAUUGGUCGAUUCACGGAUCGCUCAGGGAUAGGCCUUGCCGCUGUCAAUGCCCUACAUAAUAACAAGGUCGCAUUCAAGAGCAAGGUCGUAUCCAGGGCCCACGCAGAGAUUUGGGUCGAUUCGAACGCUAGAUUCUUCGUCAAAGACACAAAGUCAUCAUCAGGGACAUUCUUGAACCAUGUCCGACUUUCUCCAGCCAAUACAGAAUCGCGGCCGCACCAGAUCAAGGAUGGUGAUAUCCUUCAGCUCGGUGUGGAUUACCAAGGUGGAGCAGAGGAUAUUUACAAGUCGGUAAAGAUCCGGAUUGAGCUCGGCAGGGAGUGGCAAGCUGCUGCAAAUGCUUUCAAUACGAAUGCCUUGAAAAAUCUCAAGUCUCUUUCUGCCACCGUUGCACCUGCGAAACCGGUAGCCGGAACAAAAACCGCCACGAAAUCAACGAUUCCGGAUUGUUGCAUAUGUCUCUUCAGCGUCACGAUUCGUCAAGCUCUGUUCAUUGCCCCCUGCUCACACACCUUCCACUACAAAUGCAUCCGACCUCUUCUCGAAUCGCACCACCCUGCUUUUUCUUGUCCGCUCUGCCGAACAUUUGCCGAUCUCGAAGAGGAUGUCGAGGUAGAUGCGGAGGCCGAUGAUGAAGACGACGAAUCUUCGGUGGCAGAGGACAGCCCUAGGAAACGAGAGAAAGAGGCAGCUGAUGCCUGCGGUGCUGAGACGGAAGUCGAGGGUGAUGCUGGCAGUCGGGUACGCAGGCGCUCCCGGGGACCUAGUAUGGAUCUCAUGGACGAAGAGGAAGAGGAAGGCGAGGAGAUGAUGAUCGAUGGUGACCUACGGUCCGGCGAGAUGGAUGUCGACCACGAGGCCCUACACAUCGACAGUGAAGGCAGUGGCGAGGGGGGGAGUGCUGGUGAAGGAAUGCAUGUAGAUGUUGAUACCCCGGACACAGGCGACGAUGGCGAAGAGUCUGGUACGAAGCGUAAGCGGUGA